CGAUAAGAUCAUGUCGCUCAAUGUGGUUGCCAUCAAGAAAGGAACACCAGCUUUUACUUUUCCUGAUGUGCAGACACCUAAAAAACUCGGUUAGACUGACGUUCUAAAGAUGAAACGUGCCGAGACUGUAGAGAGAAGAACUCAAUACGCCCUCCGCGCAUCUGAAUUUUGGUUCUUGCUACAAGAACUUAGUCUGCAUCUUCGCGUGAGUACCUUUUUCAACCAAACAAGGACGCCAUGAGCACCUAUUCCGCCUUAAACGCUACUCGAGCUCGGCAUCUCGAAAACGCUCUCCAGCUAUUCGAGACGAGUCGUGUUUCCCCAGACGCCUUUUACCCUCUGGACCUGUUCUUGAGGAAGUACUUUAGAGCGCACAAGCACGUGAAGCAUGACGAUAAACGAUUCAUAAGCGAGCACAUCUACGAGUUAGUGAAAUGGAGAGGCCUCUUGGAUCUCGUAGGCGGUCAUCCCUUUCGAUGGCACCAUCGCAUGCAGACCUACUUCAUCUCGCAGAGGUGGAAAGAUCAACAAUUUUAUGAUGGUCGUGGAGCUCUAGUGCUCUUGCUUUACGUUUAGUUGUAGUAGAACUAAAUUUUUAGAAGGGACAGGACGGGGGGUGGACUAGGACUAUCUAAGGAUGAUAAAGGACACAGCGCACAAUAAAAUAUAGUACCUGGAUCAUAUCACCAAACAAGCCUUUGGUUCUAAUACUCAGCCGCCCGUAAGAUCACAGCAGCAGCGAAAGUCGGCUUUAGCGAAGAACUGUUUGGGUCUAUAGCAAAAGCCGUAGCAUUCUCCGCCAGUCCAGGAGGAGGAGCCACGGCAUCUUCAGAAGUACUGGCUGACACUUCAAUCGCAGACUUGGUCGAGGUUGAUCACCAACAGCACCCUUUUGGUAGUGGCAGAACGCCAUCUUCAGCAUCUACAUCCUCAUCUAGAACAAGACCAAAUAGCGUCGAUCCAGCUGUUGAGAGGAAAGCACAGGCUCUAUGCAAUGUGCUAUCUGAGAAGCCAGUGUGGUUUUUGCGAGUGAACCCUCUUAGGAAAACGCGGAAAGAGGUCUACGAAGCCCUCUUGGCAAAGGAAAUUCCGGUAGAAAUGUGCAAGCACAGCGACUUGGGACUGCUUUUGCACGAUGGCGCAGCAAAAUCGAAAUUGUUGUUAUGGGAACGGAUGAGUGAGAGAGUGAAGGUGAAUUCACCAGGCGAAUUCCUUGUAGUUGUUCACUCCUUAACUUAACAGUUCUUUCACGCUACUCUAGCUUCAACCUCAUCGAGUCCGCUUUUAGAAUGAACGUCCCACCCGCAUCCUCUAAUUUCAACCCUACCCGAAAGACAUCAAGGCUGGUUUGAGUUUCAAGACGAAAGCAGCCAGUUGAUGGCUAUGGAAGUCCAGGCGCAGCCAGGAGACAAAGUGCUGGAUUAUUUUAAGAGAUGAAGUUCUUGAAGCGGAAUUUCUACCAAGUAAGUAUUAGGUCUAGUAUUAGGUCUAGUAAGUAGUACUAGUAGUUCAAGUUUAUUACAGAAGUGGCCUCUUUUGUCCAUGUUCUUCUAAUCCCCGUUCCGGCUCUGGAGGCAAAGCGUUGAUCUACGGGCCACGCAUGCGAAAUAGUGGGAACAUUUUCCUCCAUGACAUCCGAGACACAGUUCUGAGAGACGCAAAGGUUCGGAUGAGACGUGCUGGGAUACGGAACUAUUCCUUGCUACCACCAUCACAUCCAACAUUGGAGACGCUGUUUUAUGGGAAGACUUGUCAAAAAAAAUGUUGUUUUUGUUUCAUCUACAUCUUGAUCCGGAUACUAUACAUAGAACACCGCAUCACAGCCGUCACUCAGUAUCCGAGAUUUCAUCUUCUACCAUCGCAAAAUACAUACAUAUUUAUAUAUCAGUGCUUUCUGCUUCUAGAUCCGCCAGCAACAAGAACAUAUGGUCUUCGCUAAUCCCAGGGAAAAUGCGAUUGGGUAGUCGUGGACGCGCCUAAUUCAGCGAUUGGCGCUCUCAGAAAAAACCCGGAUAUGAAGUGGAGUUUCAGCGAAGACAAGCUUCUAGCCUGGGUCGGCAAGCAACGUGCGAUAUUUGAAUCGUCUUUGAAAUACGUCAAAGUUGGCGGAAAAAUAGUCUACAUGGUGAACUCCUUUUUCCCAGAAGAGUGCGCUAAACAAGUGGAAUACUUUUGUGAGAAGUACAAUCUGUACUUGUCAAGUGAACCGAAACAUGCGUUGCCGCAAAGCAAAGGACUCGAUGGGUUCUUUUGUGCAAUUUUAGAGAAGUAGGACGAUGACAAUGUGUAAUGCUAGUAUCAGCAUCGGGUGGACGAGACGUCCAUGUCCAAGUUGAUACUUCGCCGUUCGACUUUACGUGUACCUACUAGCUUCUACAUGAUAAGGAU